AAAAAAAUUUCGUCGCCAGUUUUCGAUUCAUUGAAAAGUUCAUAAUAUUCAUUUUCUUCGUUUGUUUCGAAUGUUUUAUUCUUCUUCGUCGAUUCGCCUCCGUAUAUCCCUAACUAAGUAGUUUAUCGAGGUUGUUCAGCCUCAACAACGUGUUUGGAAGCACACACAAAAAAAAAAACAACCAAACAAAAAGAGAACAUUUCAAACUUUGUGCAUUAUAAGAAUGGACACUUUUUUUUCGAAUGGAUUUUAACGAAGAAAAUAAGGAAAAUUAGCUGAUAUCUUGAAUAAUUUAAGUUUUUUAUUAUCCUUCCUCGAAUCGGUGCGACAGAGACGCUCCACUUAAGAAUCAACCUAUGAAACGGAUUACGUAAAAAAAGAGAGAGAGAGAAAAACGAAAGAAAUAUUUGAUAUGUAUGUGAUCAUCUGUUUUGUGGCUUUGGUGUUGAAUGUCAGCAUAACAGUACUGUAGUAAGGCACAUAUUUGCACAAGCGAUUGAACACGACAAAAUGAACCAUUUGGUACACAAAUCCACUUGUCUCAAAGGAACGAAUCUUAUGUGAUACAAUUUCAUUCUGUUGACAUACAAACACAUUCUGUUCUUUGGCAGACGCAAAUUUACGUAAAGGAUUGAAAAUGAAUUUCAUACCAUAUAAUCAAUAAACAAAGAAAUGAUGACUAAAAAAAUAAAGAAAAACAAAGAAUGUAAACAAUAAUCCAACUGACGAACAUUUUUUUACUCGAAAUCAUUUUCAAAUUGUAAUAGCGUCGAAGAGUGCGCAUUGCUAACGGUUGUGUAUGACCGAGAAGCAAAAAAUAAUAAUAAAUAAGCAAAAAAAUACCAACCAAGACAUAUAGUACAUAUACAUCCUAAAUAUCAUCGUGUUUCAAGUCGAAUUCGGUUUGUUUGCAAAAGCGGGAACAUACGAUUUCGAACGUCCACAUUAUGUACAGUAAUAAGUUUUUAGUAACAAUAAUAAAUCGAUAAAAUAAAAAGAAAAUGUAGAUUGUUAGUGAAUACAUGCAUGCGAUACGGUGAUUGUUGUGUGCGUAUUAUAUUGUACAAAUAUUGUAUUAUAUGCGAUUAUAUGGGACAAGUUUAUUUUCAUCAUUUUCAUCGGAAAAAUGUUGAUGAUUGUAGAAAAAUAAACGAAAAGAAGAGGAAGAAGAAAACGGGCGAAGAAAGAGAGCGAAAAAAUCGAGUGGCAAUAACGUCGAAAUAAUUACAUUAUACGAUAUAAUCAAAUUUGUUGUUCAAGUGCAAUAGUUGUGUUAAAAAUAUUUGUUUGACAUAGUAAAAGCGUUGUUAGAAGGACAUGUGCGCAUAUGAAAGAGAGAGUCCAUUUAAAACGAAGCAAAAGAAGAAAAAACAAAUAAAUGACGAAAAUUGACCGUCGAAAUCGUUCAAUUGUGUGGAUUCUGUGAAUGAAUGUGGUUUCUCGUUUGAAUGUUCGUUCGGUGCAUCGAUUAGCCACGUUUUUAUUCCGUUUGUUUUGCGCUAUUGUCGUAUUUUGUUUUUUGUUUCGUUCGGUGUUUUUUUUCUCUUGUUGUUGUUGUUAAUAUUAUUUUGGCGCUAGAAUAAGUACAAUACUACAUUUAAAUAAUUGUGAUUUUGUUCCUGAUGGAUUUUAAAGAAAAUUCCAAGCCAAAGAAAUCCAUAUUGAAUACAUUAUUAUUAAAACGUUCCACAAAAGUUGAACCGCAUCCAUCAUCAUCAUCAGUUGACGAACAAUCGGAUCAUUCGCAAUCGAAAAACAAUAACAACAGCAGCAAUUACGAUGAUCAUCCGUAUCGGCAAUUAUCAUCGAACGAACAUCAUAAUCCAUUUCAAACAAGCGUUUCGGCUAGCUCAACGCCAAUCAAACGACUGCACAAAAUCGGAAGACUAAAUAAAUUUUGGCAUUGCCAUAGUUCAUCAAAUCAAAGCCUAACCAGCAAUCAAUCCGCUCCGUCCUAUUGUUUAAGAAAGAUCAGCAAUAAUGCCAAGAAGAAAAUUCGCAACAAAACCGAUCGUUACAGUCAUCCGAUAGGUAAUUCAAAUCUAAUACCCGAUCAAAAUGCAUUCGAUGCAUUUUACGCCGUUGACGAUUAUAUCGAUGAUGAUGAUGAUGAUGAUGAUGAUGACGAUGAUGAUGCUGUUGAUCACAUUGAGAAUGUUGGCAAAAGCCCAUCGAAUAAGAAUAGUGUACACUUUUAUUCAAAUGACCGACACAAUGUGCCGUAUUCAAUUUCAAACGAAGGAUUUAACAACGGUGGUGGUAGUUGUCACAGUAGUAGUGUCGGCGGUCGCAGCAGCAGCAUCACAUACAAAACAAAUAGUAUAGUCACAAGUAAAUCCCAAGAACAGAUCAUUGUAAAUGAUAUUGAUGAAAGUGUUGUUUGUGAUUCGAGCAAACAACAGUCACCCACAUCAAAAUCACAUGAUGGCAAUUUUGCAUUCAAUCGUGAUGAUUUGGAUUUUCCAGCUGGUCAUUCGAUUGCAAUGUCAGCGUGUCGAUCGAGACUUCGUGAACGAUUAUUGCCGCCCGGCUACGCAAAUCGAUGCAAUUCAUCAUCAAAGGAACAUCAAUCGCAUCCAUUGCAACAACAAGAACAACAUCAACAGCAUCAACAGCAUUAUUCAUUUCCAAACAUUGUCGAGAAAAGCACGAAUCCAACGUCCAACGAACAUCGAAAUAGUCGUUCUAUUUCAUGUGACUUAUUACCAAAUGCCAAGCGAACCGGAAAAACGGAAUCAUUGGCAAAAAAUUCAUUAAUAGCUGCACAUUUAAUAAAUUUGAUUCCAACUGAGGUGGCACGAGAAAGGAGCUAUUUGGCGAAUAAUUUAGCUGUGAGGCCAGCAGAAUUGUUGGGUCCCACGGAACUGGAUCGUGUUCUGCCGAUGCGAGAAAUCAAAGUUUUUGUUGGAACAUGGAAUAUGAACGGUCAACAUCCACCAAAGCAAAUGAAUGAUUUUGUAUUUCCGGCGGGAGUUGAGCAUGUACCUGAUUUGGUUGUUAUUGGAACACAGGAAUCGUCUUCCCUUCGAUUUGAGUGGGAAGUAAUUUUACAGGAAACGCUUGGACCAUCACAUGUAAUGUUGCAUGCCACCAGUUUAGGAACAUUACAUUUGGCGGUAUUUAUUCGACGUGAUUUAAUCUGGUUUUGCUCAAUACCCGAAGAUGAUUGUUUAUCCGUGCGACCGGGCACGGCAUUCCGUACAAAAGGUGCUGUUGCAAUAUCAUUUUGUUUAUUUGGCACAUCGAUGUUAUUUGUGACGUCACAUUUAACGGCACAUCAACAAAAGGUCAAAGAACGUGUUAGCGAUGUUAAGCGAAUCAUUCAUGCAUUGGAUUUGCCAAAGAAUUUACAUUUGCGUAGCAAAAAUAAAGAUGUAACACAAAAUUUCGAUGCAGUAUUUUGGUGUGGCGAUUUAAAUUUUCGUUUGGGUGAACCACGGGAAAAACUUCUCAAAUGGAUUGAAACGACACAAUUUCCGUUGCCAUCACAUUUACCCCAUGGUUAUAUGCAUACAGAUCAAUUAAAAUCGGUAUUGGCCAAUGGUGCUGCAUUCAAAGAUUUUAAAGAAGCAAAUAUUACAUUUCCACCGACCUACAAAUAUGAUCCGGGCACGCAAAAAUUCGAUACAUCCAGUAAACAAAGAGCACCCGCCUAUACCGAUAGAAUUCUGUACAAAUAUAAAUCGAAUCCAUUUGGAUUGCGUCGUGAGAGUAAUUUAACCAGUUUUUUGCAUAGCGCUAUUGUGGAAUGUAUUGCCUAUGAUUCGGUGCCGAGCAUUGUGUCAUCCGAUCACAAACCAGUCUGGGCAUUAUUCAAAACAUGCAUCAAACCUGGAAUUGAUUCAAUACCAUUAGCUGCUGGCUUAUUCAAUCGCGAUGUAUACAUUGAAGGAAUGAAACGAAGACUGACCAAAAAAACUACAGAAUCGUCAAAUGCUUGUUGCAUUCAGUAGCGAAUUUUUUAUUAUUUAAUUUAUUUAUUUUAUGUUUUAAUUUUAGGAUUUUAGCCAUGUAAAGAGAAGAAAAACAAACAAACAAACCAAAAAUGUAUAUUAUGUAAAACUAAAAAGGGGAGAGGCUUUGCUUUUAAGUCAAUCAAUUUCUAGUCAUUUAUCAUGAUCGUUGUUCGUAUAUUGCCAACGAUUCACUGUACAAUGAAUAUCUUAUCAAAAAAAAAUUUUGGUUUUUGUCAUAUUUUUUUUUUGUUUCGUUUUUUCGCAAUAUUGAUUGCGCAGAGAUAACAGGUUGCAAUUUGUUUAUGUAUACGGUCUGCUUGUAUGAAUUUAUAUAGAUUGUAUAUUUUAUUGUCGAAUUCGAAAAUGUGUGAAGUAAAUGCCUUAAGUGUGAAAUUGAAUGAAAAUUUAAUUGCUGUGACAGUGAUACAAAGCUAAAAAAGAUAUACAUUUGAAUCAUUAAAUGAAAAGGAAAAACAAUAGAAAAAAAACUAAAUCAAAUAAACAUUGAAACUAAAUAAAUGACUGUUUUUGAAGAAGUGCUUAAGAAAGAAAUGUCAUUGUUUCAACGUCAUACUAAUUUCGGUUAUAUUAGUAAAUGAAAGCCAAUUCGGUCUGGUUUGAGUUGAUAUUUUAUUAGAAUAUACCGACGUUUC